AUGUAAAUUCAAUGUACCUAAGCUGAUCAUCAAAAUCAGUAAAUAAUAGGAAUUUGUAUUGGAAGCAAUUGCCAAUAUCAAAGACCUUAUUGUCAUGAUUGUUUACAUAAUCAUGUGUAACAUUUUAAUAAGUUAAUAUCAUUGGAACACUUAAAUGAAUGGAUUUAAAAACGAGUGGCCGUUAUUAACGAUUUAUAAAAGAAUGCGUAAGAGUGCAAAUCAGUCCUUGAUAGUCUAAUAAAUAUAUUUAUUCCUUACUUCAACAUUAAUCUAGAAUAAUCAGGAAUCUCUGAGAUUGACAAUAUAAUUAAGGGUUUAUGUAAAGUGGAAGUUUUUGAGUCAUAAUUUUUUAACCAUCUCAAUUAAUUAAUCCAAGAGAUUAAAUAAAUUAUAGAAGAAAUACUAAAACAGUCCAAGAGCUAGACAGAUUAGUAGUAGGUAAUUAAAGUAUAAGCUCAAUAACCUUAAAUAAUGUAAUCAUUGAUUUAAGAACAAAACAACCAGGUAAACAUCUUAAAACCAAAUCUAAAACCAUUCACCUUUGAACUCAUUAAAUAAAAUACAAUUUAGUAAGAUGAAUAUUGUUAUGCAAUUGCUUUUAAUAAAGAUAGCUCAAUUGUGGUAGCCGGAUGUAAAGAGAAGAUUAACGUAUAUCAACAUAAAGAAGGGAAACUGGAUUAAAUAUAAGUGUUAUGUGAACAUUAGGAUAAUGUGUUUACUUUGAAUUUUAUGAGGAAUACAAACGAUUUUGUAUCUGGUAGUUUGGAUAAAUUAAUUAUAAUAUGGUAGAUGAAUGGAAAUAAUUAAUGGAAUUGCUAACUAAAAUUGAAUGGACAUUCAAAUUCUAUAUUUUGUUUGUUGUUGAAUAAUAAUGAUGAUCUCAUUGUAUCUGGGAGUAGUGAUAAACAGAUUAAAUUUUGGAUUAAAUAGAAUUAAUGGUUGUGUUAAUAAACAAUAACUGAUCAUACUAGAGAGGUGUAUUCAUUAAGUUUAAAUGAUCAAUAAAAUAAAGUGAUUUCUUGUUCAAAAGAUUGUCAAAUAUUUGUAAUAGAAUAGUCAUAAUUGGAUAAAAAAUGGAGUGUUAUAUAAAAGAUAAAAGUAGAAAAGUUUGGAUAUAGAUUAUGUUUUAUAAAUGAUAACUAAUUUACAUUUUAGCCUCUUUUUGGUGAGUAAAUGCAAAUCUAUGAGAUUGAUUGUAAUACUAAAUAGUAUAGGAAGACUAAGGAAAUUAUUGUAAAAUGUGGUUCAAUUAGUGAGAAUAAUUUAUUUCCAUAAUAAUACUUGAAGUCUAAAUGCCUGUUGGUGAAUAAGAAUGGUAAACAUGUUAAUUUAAUGAGGAAGAAAGAGAAUGGAGAAUUUAUAUUUGAUUAAUCUAUUUAAUUUGGUGUUUCUGGUUUAUAUGGAUAAUUAAGCUAAGAUGGAGAGUAUUUGAUCACUUGGGAUUGUAGUUCAAAUGAAAUUUAAAUAAGAAAGAGUAGGGCGGGGUGA